GCUGGGGAAUGGGCGGGGCUUGUUGGGAAGGGGCGUGGCUACAGCAGGGAACCCCAAACUGGGAAGUUUUGGGGGGCAGUCACGAGCUUUGGGAGGGGUCACGGGGCCGCCCAAUCAGACGCCGAGGCCAGAAAGGGGCGUGGCCUGAGGUGCCACACCCCGGUCACUCUCGGUGCCCCUCCCCCACCGCCGCCAUGGGCCCCCCAGGGACCCUCGGCCUCCUCCUUCUGCUGCUCGGCGCGGCUGCAGCUCAGCAAGAAUGUUCCGGGUGCCUCCCGGGGCCGGGACCAAUCGCGGCGCUGGUGGUUGCUGACGUCAUCAUGACGCUGCUGAUCGGGGCCGGAGCCUAUUGGCUGGCGGGGCGGGGCCGCCGAGCCCCGAGCAAGCCCCGCCCCCCGGAGCAGGACUCGCAUUACCAGGAGCUGCAGGGCGCGCGCGCGGACCUCUACAGCGAACUCAAGCGCUGAGCGCCCCCUCCCUCAUCAUCAAUUCCAGCCAUUAAAGCGCUUUUAGCCCGUUUGAACGCCAUUUUUGUCCGUUUUGCGGCUUUUUCGCCCCAAAUUCGCGUUCGGUUUUUGAAAUGGGAGUGGGUGUUGUCGCGCUGGGUGACGUCAUUGCGCCGCGCCGGAAGUGCCCCUCGGCGGGCGGAAGUGGCUGAGGAGCGCUCGGUGAUGGCGGCGGCGGCGCCUCCGGGAGCGGCAGGGCCAGGAA